AAAAAAAGGCUGGGCAGUUUUCUCAUCUGGUUUAGGAAAUUAAGGCACCUACAACAUAAUUAAGAAAUCAAUCUUGGAAAAAUGGCUGGCAGAAAAACCUUCCUUCCAUUACCUAUGCAGAACUUCCUACGGCAAACAUUUGAGCCACGUCCACGUGCCAUUGCAGUCCUUUCUUGGUUUCACCCCUCCCACUGGUACAACGGCUUGGAUGACAGAAUCCUAAUGUCCUUCGGAUCCAGCUUUCUCUAAAGCAGUCCGAUGGGAUGGAGAUAGAGGCAGUAAGGAAUCAGAAAACCAAAUUUUUGAACUUCCGGAACCUUGGCUAAAUUGCCUUUUUUUUCCUUCUCGAGGAAACAAGGAAACCCUUAUUUCUCCUCCCCGUCUUGUUUUAAGACUAACGACCCUCUCCAGACGCACAAAGUUUUCUUCUCAGGCGCGCGGCGCCAGGCCGACGCUGCCGGUACUCCUUAACCUCGCCGGCGGAGCAGAAGCCCUCGCGGUGAGCUUAUGUCACUUCCGGCGCGCUGACGCUCACUCCGGCGUGCCGACGCUUGCGUCAGCAAAGAGCGGGGCUGGGGGCAACCGGCUUGAAGUCGUGCGGGUCGGAGGACUGCCGCCGCCGCUGUCGUGUCAGGUCCUCUGUUCCCGGCCGCGGCGGGGACGAGCUCGGGUAGGCGGCGGGGCAGAUGUCCGAAGGCCCGCGGUGGGACGCCCCGCCCCGCUCCGGCCGCUCCCUCUGUUUCGCGGCCUGGGCCUGCGCCGCUCUGCUGUCUGGAAACUAGCGCCCCAGCGGCGCGGCGCGUAGCUCGCGGGGAGCCCAGAACCAACGGCGCCCUGCCAUGGCGGUCUCCAGGCUUGACCGACUUUUUAUCUUACUGGAUACUGGCACUACUCCAGUUACAAGAAAAGCUGCUGCACAGCAACUUGGAGAAGUGGUGAAGCUUCAUCCUCAUGAAUUAAACAAUCUCUUAUCUAAAGUGUUAAUAUAUUUAAGGAGUACAAAUUGGGACACUCGGAUUGCAGCAGGACAAGCUGUUGAAGCUAUAGUGAAGAAUGUUCCUGAAUGGAAUCCAGUGCCAAGAACCAAACAAGAACCUAAUUCAGAAAAUGCUAUGGAAGAUUCAUCUACUACAGAUCGAUUGAAUUUUGACAGAUUUGACAUAUGUAGAUUAUUACAACAUGGGGCAUCACUUUUGGGAUCUGCUGGUGCAGAAUUUGAAGUACAAGAUGAAAAAUCAGGUGAAGUGGAUCCUAAAGAGAGGAUAGCACGCCAACGAAAACUGUUACAGAAAAAACUUGGUCUUAACAUGGGAGAAGCCAUUGGAAUGAGUACUGAAGAACUCUUCAAUGAUGAAGAUUUGGAUUACACCCCAACUUCAGCAGCCCUUGUAAACAAACAACCUACUCUCCAGGCAGCUGAAUUGAUUGACUCAGAAUUUCGAGCAGGAAUGAGCAGUAGACAAAAGAACAAAGCUAAAAGAAUGGCCAAGUUAUUUGCAAAACAGAGAUCCAGGGAUGCAGUGGAAACUAAUGAGAAGAGUAAUGACAGCACUGAUGGGGAACCAGAAGAAAAGAGACGAAAAAUAGCAAAUGUCGUUAUUAAUCAGUCUGCAAAUGAUUCCAAAGUCUUGAUUGAUAAUAUUCCAGACAGUUCUUCCUUAAUUGAAGAGACAAAUGAAUGGCCUUUGGAAAGCUUUUGUGAAGAACUUUGCAAUGACCUUUUUAAUCCCUCUUGGGAGGUUCGACAUGGUGCAGGCACUGGACUUAGGGAAAUCCUUAAAGCUCAUGGGAAAAGUGGUGGUAAAAUGGGAGACAGCACUUUAGAAGAAAUGAUUCACCAGCAUCAGGAGUGGUUGGAAGACUUGGUUAUCAGACUUCUUUGUGUUUUUGCCUUAGACAGAUUUGGAGACUUUGUUUCUGAUGAAGUCGUGGCACCAGUUCGUGAAACUUGUGCUCAAACAUUAGGUGUCGUGUUAAAACACAUGAAUGAAACAGGAGUUCAUAAGACUGUGGAUGUGCUGCUUAAGUUACUUACACAAGAACAAUGGGAAGUUAGACAUGGCGGUCUGCUAGGAAUAAAAUAUGCUUUGGCAGUUCGUCAGGAUGUAAUUAAUACAUUAUUGCCUAAAGUUUUAAGUAGAAUAAUUGAAGGACUCCAGGAUCUUGAUGAUGAUGUCAGAGCUGUCGCUGCAGCAUCAUUAGUACCUGUGGUAGAAAGCCUUGUAUAUCUUCAGACACAAAAAGUACCCUUCAUUGUAAAUACGUUGUGGGAUGCUCUUCUGGAACUAGAUGAUUUAACAGCUUCAACAAAUAGUAUUAUGACUCUUCUUUCUUCUUUGUUAACUUAUCCUCAAGUCCAGCAAUGCAGUAUUCAACAGUCACUCACAGUUUUAGUUCCACGUGUCUGGCCAUUUUUGCAUCACACUAUAUCAUCAGUUCGAAGAGCAGCAUUGGAAACUCUGUUUACGUUAUUAUCAACACAGGACCAGCCUGUCCAGAUCAGCAGACAGGCCUCUUUCUUGAUGCCUUCACCCCAUGCAAGCACAAGCUCAGGGACACACACCACCACCAUUAUCCAGAGGCCACAGGGUAUGUUACUCAUGCCAAGUACUUGGCCCUGGAUAACUCAUCAUCCAGUGAAAAGUCGUGCUAGUUUACCAAUAGUUGCAUUCCCCGACAGCAGCUGCUACUGCCAGCACGCAGCUGCGCCAUGUUCCAAGAUGGCUGAACAGCUGCAACAGCUGCCUGGGGUGAAGAAUCGAGGUGAGGCCAGAAUGAACCUUUCAUCAGAAUUUAAUGCAGCCAAGGGGAGCGCUAAGGCAAAGAAGUUGUUUGGGGUCUCAAAUGGCACACACCACGUGAUAAAUAAUGAAAGAGGGGCAAUAUAA